GUCCUCUGGGAUAACAUUCGCCCCGCCUGGGAUUCUGCAUCGCGGUACUCGAGCUCCCGGGAUGCAGGAGCUUUUUUGGGCGGGGUCAGCACCCGUCUUAAACCACCGCUGCUUUAGGAAUGGAGCCUGCGUGGUGUAGGAGAGCCCUGAUGGUAGGCGGCGAGAGUUGGCAUUUGUUUGAAUAACGGCCCCAAAUUCCUUGUGUUUCCCGUGCUCUGCAGGAGUGUGUGCUGUUGGUCUCUCUGGUUUCCCAGUGAUCUCUCGUUAUGUGGAAUAUAGGAGCAACCCUUAGUGCCUCACCCGGGACCAUCCCUGCAUAGCCAACAGGAGGUGCCAUGCGUGGACUUUACGUGGCGUAGUUUCUUUGCAGCUGGCAGUUUGGACUGGAUAGAGCUCGGCCUUUUUCCCAGGACUGCCACCAACAAAGAAUUUUGGUCUAAACUUCGUGGAUAGAAAUUUAAAUAUUGGUUUGUUGUUACUGUUUAACAUCACGAGCUAUUUACAGAAUAGUAUUAGUGGAUUUAAUGCAAUGGCAUUCCUAAAUUUAGUGGCAAGACCCAGGUUAGACAGGUUUUCCCCCUUGCAGGCCUUGAUAGCCAACAGCUUUAAAAAAAACUUGGGGUUAAAUUUUUUGAUACGUAUGGCUUUGAAAAGGGAUACUUUGUGGAUAAUCAGCUUUAUAGGUGGUCUAUGUAGGGGGAGCAAGGUGGGUUUUGGGUUUUGUUUUUUUCCCCCUGGUUCUUUCAGAUGUUUUCACACUGUUUUCAGUGUUUUUCACACUACCUGGUUCUCAAAACAAGCUGUAGAGUAACAAGAUCAGAAAGUGUUUAUUAUUCUGUGCAACUUUGUAUGCAAACAUUCUUUUUCAUUCUUGCCUCUAGAAGCUGAGCCCAGAUUCGUAUUUCUUAAAAAACACAUGCAAGGUGCUUUUAUCAGCAUAUAAAGCAGAGGUGGGGCUUUCAGACUGGUUUGGUGGUCAUUUAUGUGAACACUGUUCUGAGGAAGAAAUAAUCCAGUUGAUGCAGAUGUAGGAUCUGAGGCUUUCCGUGAAGGUAUUGGUGAGGGAGUGACUCAGGGAUCCCAAAGCCUCCUCUGAUACUGCAGGCAUUUCUCCACGUGAGCAGUGGCAUUGCAGGAGUUACCCUUAUUGUGGGAAGUCAGUUUGGCAGGGCUUGGGUCCUCUUCUGUUUCUGCAGCUCUGAGCUUGUGUGAGAACAAGGAUGGGGCACACCAUGCAAGACUCAGAUGAGUUAUAUUGUCCUUGGACUUCUCAUAAAUAUGUUCUCUGUCUUCAGGACGCAAAAACCCUGAAGUCAGAUGAGAGCUGGUCCUGGAAGAUUUGAUGUAUUUUACAGGAAUAAAUUCAAAUAGGGAUUUCCAGACCUUACUGUUUUAUUUAAAGGACUAUUUACAGCUUUUACAAGUUGUUGGUAAAUGUCCUGUUACUCUGAAGCAGAAAGUAGAUUUGCUCUGAGCUCUGAACAAACAGAAUUGUCAAUAUGUGCUAGGACUGAGAGACACCUUUUGUUGGUGGCUGGGUGCAGAGAACAAACAUGAGAUUUCCUCACUUCCAGAACAGUUUGUACAUCCUGAGCAACACUAACCACGGCAUGCGUAGGCAAUAGUCUGUGCCAUCUCCUGCACUGCAAUUCCCUUUAAAAUGAACUUUAUGUCCUGGGGCUAAUUUCUGGGUUUUUUUUUGUGUAAUACAUAUGGCUGCUCUUGCUCUCCUUUUUGACGAUGCUUUGGGAGUUGCCCCUCAGAAGUCAAAAGGAGCAGUGUUGGAUGAGGCUCUGAAUAGCCACUGGGUCCUUCAUUGAUUCACACGUGGCCUCUUCCAGCCUUGGUCACAUCCUGGGGAUCUGUUCUCCUACAAGACACCCGGGGCCGGCGCCGUGUCAUCCUGGGGAUCUGUUCUCUCUGUUGCUGCAUCUAGAACUGUGUAACUGCUCACAGCAUCUGUUCCUAAGUGUUAAGGGAACAUCAGGAUUUAAUGACAUGAAGCAUCUUGGCUUGCAGAGCUCUUGAAAGACUUCAGCGUGUGGUUAUAUUACGCUUAGGAAGUAAUCUUUUGAAAUCAACAAGUCAUGGGUGACACCAAGUGUGUCCAGAGUCUCUGUUGGGCUGAGGCCUUGGUCAUUAAUCAUAGUUUAAAAUUAAGGUAUUUCACCUCAUUGUAAAAUAAGUUUCACAAGGAGCACGUUUUCCACACAGUACAGACCUUCAAUACACAGGCUGAAAGUAAUUUAGCACGAGAAAGAGUAUUUCAUUUGGUAGUGGACAGCGAGUGUUUCCCGUCCUUGGGUGUUUUUAAUUUGUCAGACACGUGACUGAUGGACAGUUGCUGUUUGGUUUUGAGGAGUAGUGUCUGUGUACCCAAGGAGGCCUUCAGAGAGUGAAGGGUGCCCCCUUUUUGUUGAGCUGACUGGCAGACCUCUGACAGACUUUGGCGAGGUUGGUGCUUCGUCCUCCAAAGUUUGCACCCUGUAAUUGUUACUUUGGAAGUAAUCCUUACUCUUUUGUAUAGUUACCCAUCUGAUCAUCUGGUCAAAGAUGGUGGCAAAAGUUGCAAAUAAGAAUUGAUCAGAAAACGGCUCAGGUCCAAGGCAGCCUCUCGGUGUGUGCCUGGUUUGCAGUGGCUGCACAGGUGAUGGCAAGAGAGAAACCUCUGCCACGUUUCAGUGUCCAGAACUCUGCUGUCUGGACCGGAGCCACAGCUGAAGGUGGGAGUGACUCUGGCAACUACAAAUCCCAGGGAGCCUUGCCCAGAGCGGCUCCGUGCGGGCGGGCUGGCUCCGUGCGGGGCCAAUGGCAGCGGGGAACUCCCCAGCUCCGUGCGUGUCAGCUGCCGGCGUUCGAAAGCGCCUCGCGGAGCUCCCUCCGGGCUGGGAUCUGCCUCUUGCCCUGGGCUGCUUUAGACUCCAGUGUGAGCUCUGACUUGACGCUGUACUCCGCAGCCUCCGUGCCGGCUGGAAAUAGCCCGUCGGACCAGUGCCGAUGGAUGCGAUCCUGAACUGCAGCCCGGAGGAGCUGGAGGAUUACUACAACUUGCUGGGAUGCGACGAGCUAUCGACGGUUGAGCAGAUUCUUGCUGAAUAUAAGAUUAAAGCCCUUGAAUGUCAUCCUGACAAGCAUCCUGGAAACCCCAAAGCAGUGGAGAAUUUCCAGAAGCUGCAGCAAGCCAAGGAGACUCUGACUAACGAAGAGAGCCGUGCACGUUACGAUUACUGGCGCCGGAGCGGAGUCACCGUCCCGUUCCAGCAGUGGCAGGCCCUGAGCAGCUCCGUGAAAACGUCAAUGCACUGGGCUGUCCAAAGUAAGAAGGACCAAAUGCUGGAAGCUCCUGACUUUGGGAAUACCAACAUAACUAACGAGAUGUGGACCCAACAGACAGGAGACAAUGGAGAUGGAUUGUUGGAAGGGAGCAGGGAGCAAGAUGAUGUUGCAAUUCCUGAUGUGAAACCACAGUCUUCAAAGAAUCCAGACUCCCCAAGAUUUUCAGAGGGGAAUUACUGGCACUUGCGUUUUCGCUGGUCAGGCGAUGCUCCAUCAGAUCUUCUGAGGAAAUUCAGAAACUAUGAGAUCUAAAAUGAGAAACACAUAGGAGCAUGAGAUCUUCUGUUCAACAGUUCAGUAUUUUUUUUUUACCAGCAGUUAUAAGUUAUUUGUAUUUUGUAUUCUUUGAUUGUAAUGUGUUGUUCCAGUCAAUGUCCAAAUACUGAUUUAUCACACAUGCUCUGAGUGUUACAGAUGAAGGUUUUUCUGUUCAAUAAGCAAAGCCCUUUUCAGUAUUAACAUAAAGUGAUUUUGUGAAGUUAUCUGACAUCUUCAGUAUUGUUUCUUGUACUCUCAAAUAUUGAUUAGUGAUUAAUAUUGAUUAGUGAUUAAUAUUUCUCUCAAUAGUGUGAUGUUAUAGUAAACAUACUCUCAGUAGAAUCCUGGGCUCCAGGGUCUCCUACUCAGCGAGGAUCUUCCAAAAGCUUUAUGAAAAUGAACUGUAAACAGAACUGUGCUUAUCUCUCAGCUCUGUGCUCUGCUUCACUUUUCCAUUGCAUUGUACUCACCGCAGUGAUUUAUAAUGUACUCAUUACAAACUGAACUUGUAGGAGAGUUGUGAUCUUAUGUUAUAGAUGAAAUAAGAAGGUUCUUGUUAUCCAAGAUCUCUGUGAUCUUGGGACACAUCAAGCACUCCUGAAAAUCACUUGUCUUCUACCUUAGCAAGAAGAACACUUUUUGCACCAGCUAUUUGUUUUGGAAGGCGAUUCCAGAACUUUACUUCUCCAGAUAGCAAUUUUUGUCUUAAGAUGUAUUGGUGGAAAACUGAUCCCCUGUGUAUGUGUGCCAGCAUUGUCCUGUGGCUUCACAGCAAUUCCCCUCCCUGCUCAGGUGUGCUAGACAUGGUUUUAUCAGGGCUUUGUACACUAAGGAAUGAAAAAUCAGACUAGUCAGCACUAAUGUGUACAAAAUCUCACAUGAAAAGUUUUUGAUACUUUGGGCAAUAUCCAUGUUGUUGUUUAUUUAUUUUGUGUUUGUUUUCUUUUUGCAAACUUGGCUAACACGUUGAUGUGGUUUUGUGCAGGCAGAUAAUUCCAUCAGCGGCAAAUAAAACUUUGUGCACACAGAAAA